AUGUUCGCGGUACCCGGAUGGAACGUCUCCGCGCAGGUCAAGACGCAGGUCGAAGCGCCCAAGCCAAAGGAUCAGACUAAACCUGGAAAGAAGGCGCAGAAGCGCAAGGAAAGGCGCGAAGAGAAGGAGGUCAAUGUGGAUAAUUUGGCGGAAAAAUGGGAGAGCAUAACGAGUGGUAAGAGUGGAGAGGUCAAGCAGAGUAAGACAGCGGAGGCAGAUGGCGCAGUAGAGGCAGAUGAUGCGACACAGGAGAAGCGUGGGAAGAAGAGGAAGAGGGGAAAGGCUGGAGGCAACAAAGAUAAACAGCAGGAUGAGAAUGGCACAAAGGAAUCAGAACAAGCAGAAGAAGAAGUGAAGCCUUCUCCUGUAAAGGCCUCUGAAGAAAAGAGUACAGCUACCGAUGGCGAGUCGAAACGCGACAAGAAGAAGCGCAAGAAGGAGUCCAAAGCCGACAAACUCCUCGCCGCGAACGCAGCCGAAGCAAAAGCUGUGCCAGUGGCACCAACCCUCGAAAACCUCCUGCCCGAGCCCAAGGGCCUCACACCGCUGCAACGCUCUAUGCGCAGCAAGCUCGCCAGCGCCCGUUUCCGCCAUCUAAACGAAGCACUCUACACGAAACCCUCUGCCGACAGCGCCUCGCUCUUCAAAGAGGACCCUUCCAUGUUCGAAGACUACCACCGGGGUUUCGCACAGCAAGUCGAAGUAUGGCCCUCGAAUCCCGUAGACAGCUACGUAAACAGCAUCCUCGUCCGCUCCAAACUCCGCAACAAAGACCAGCGCAAAGACCGCAAAGCACAAAACAAGGCUGCCGUACGCCGCGGCCCAGGCUUCGAAGACGAGCAAGAAGCCACUUCCAUCGCGCCUCCUCGUGGCGACGCAAAGCCCCUCCCCCGCGACUUCAAAGGCCACAGCACAAUUGCCGACCUAGGCUGUGGCACGGCCUCGCUCUCCUAUCGCCUCCAACCGCACCUAAACUCCCUAAACCUAACCUUCCACUCCUUCGACCUCUCCAAGCCCAGUGGACCCUCGGCCGACCUCGUCACCGUCGCCGACAUCGCCGCCCUACCGCUCGCGGACAACAGCGUCGACGUCGCAAUCUUCUGUCUCGCCCUCAUGGGCACAAACUGGCUCGACUUCAUCGACGAGGCAUAUCGUAUCCUGCGCUGGCGCGGCGAGCUCUGGGUGUCCGAGAUUAAAUCGCGGUUUGGCCGCGUGGACAAGAAGAAAGGUGGUGUGCCGAUCAAUUCCAUCGGGUCACUAAGGAAACCGGUGGACAGCAAGAAACUCGCUGCAGCCUCCAAGAACAACAAGAAGAAGGCACAGAAGGGCGAGAAGCCGCCUGAGGAAGGGCCCGAGGAUUCGGAAGAUGAAGCGGAACUGGCGGUUGUGGUAGAUGGACAGGACGCAAAGGAAGGAACAGAUGUAUCGGCUUUUGUUAAUGUCCUGCGCAAGCGGGGGUUUGUGCUCGAUGCGCUGCCCGAGCGGCCUGGUGAUGCGAUUGAUCUGAGCAACAAGAUGUUUGUCAAGAUGCAGUUUGUCAAGGCGGCGCAUCCCAGCCGGGGCAAGAAUGCGCGUGAAGACCAAAAGGAGGGAGCCGUGGCGCAGAGGGGUGGCGGGCUCAAGUUUGGACUCAAGGGCAAGCGUAUGGGCUUGGGUGCUGAUGAUGAGGGCGAGGGCGAGGCAGAUAAUGCGGUGUUGAAGCCGUGUUUGUACAAGAUUAGGUAA